AUGAUUCUCAUCAUCACUAUAGAAGAGAGACCCGUGGCCCCAACUGAUAUCGCUUACUUCCCCAACUCACACACCGGUGACAACAUUGCUGCUGCCCUGCGGGAUGUUUUGAUCAACUGGAACUUACCAGAAGACAAACAAGUGUCAAUAACAACAGACAACGGCGCCAAUGUGGUGAAGGCUGCUGAGGUUAACAACUGGGUCAGACUUCAGUGCUUUGGCCAUCGCUUGCAUCUGGCAAUUGAGAAUGCAGUCAAAGUACUUCAUGUGUUCAACACCUGCGUUCUUGCUGCAAAAGAACAAGAAAGUGAUUUGACAAAAUCAAUUAAGAAGAAGAUCUUGGACUACUUGAACUCCAAGUAUGACGACCCAGCCACUCAAGAACUUCUGGAUAUGGCCUGCUUCAUGGAUCCUCGGUUUAAAGCAGGCUACGUCAGUGGUGACAAGUUGCAUGAAAUCAAAUCCUGA